AUGUGGUAUUGUGUAUUCAGCCCGUCCGGGAGCGAGAGUUGCUCCCACGCCGCAAAGAACUCAGCGACGGACGGCGACGGUGACAUGCCAUGCCAUGGCUGUCGCGAGCGAGUGACGGCGGCAGCAGCAAGCCCUGAUCUGUACAUUGGAUGGAUAUGUUUGUGGUCGACGUUGGUUCCGAAACCUACCAACCUUUCAAGCUUCAACCAGACACGGGAAGCGUACCAAGGAACCCUUCCAGGCCCCAAAAACAAGGCUAAAACCCUGAGAGAGUCAAAAAAGGGGGCGAGGCUCCUCCAAGCUAAAAACCUUUUUUUGGUCCCCUUCAUCCUCGAAGCUUCCGCGAACGCGUUCCAACGGCUCGGCGGCGCCAUCCCCAAUGGGACCAGUGUGUUGCCGGCGUUCCCCAGCGGUCCGGGAGGAUGGCUUGUCUAA